AUGCCUGGGGGAAUGCAUCCACCACUCGAGGUCAUUGCUUCAUGGCCUCCUCCCAAUACGGUCAAUCCUGAAUCUCAUGGACCAGCUUCUAUCGUGCUGUCUGCUCUCUUCGGUGGAAUUGCAGUCAUCACCAUCCUCAUCCGAUUGUGGACUCGCUGUGUGAUCCAACGAGCAGGAGAUGCAGAUGAUCUCUUGAUUGCACUGGCUUUGAUCCCCAUUCUAGGACUCGUUAUAGCCAUCCCCCUCGGAGCCUAUACAUACGGCGAAAACCACCACACCUGGGACAACAACCUCACAACCCUCGUCAACGAACGCAAACUCGCCAUCGCCAGUGAAGUCUUCUACGUCGUCGCAGCCGGUCUCGUCAAAUCCUCGGCUCUCCUCUUCUAUCGCCGCAUGGGCAAACGCACCAUCGCACCACGCUUCAUUGCCGUCAUCUGGAUCAGCAUCGUCUCGGUCACGGCAUAUAGCGUUGCCUUUCUGGUCGUCAUAUUCGCUUCGUGUCGUCCCUUUCACGCUUUCUGGAUGCAGGUGGAUCCUGUCUGGUCUCGAACAGCCAAAUGGCAAUGCUAUGAUGAAGGGGCUCAUCUCAUCGCCGCGUCGGCAAUUAGUCUCGUACAAGAUAUCAUCGCGACUAUCCUCCCAGCUAUCCUAUGUUGGAAUCUGCAGAUGCCAUUCCGCCAGCGAAUGGCGCUGAAUGCCGUGUUUGGACUUGGUUUCAUCACGGCCAUCAUUGCGGGGAUUCGCAUUUACUUCAUCUGUCGGCUGUUCUAUACUUCCUACGACGCCUCCUGGGAAGUCUGGUAUUGUUGGCUAUUUGCCAUGCUGGAGAUAGUCAUCGCUGCGACUUGUUCGAGUUUACCGGCUGUGAAGGUGUUUCUGAGAUGGUGUCAGGUGCCGUCGAUUCUUGCAAGUUAUGUGCGCUCCAUCAAGUACUCGCAUGGCAGCAGUGGACACAAACAGUCUGUUGUUUCCCAACCGCAUGAACCGCGAUGUUCUGGUGAGACGGACAAGUUUCUUCUGGCGCAGCAGGCAGUGAGUGUGACUGAGUUGACACGGUUUCAUACACCGACUCGGAUACAUCCAUUGGCUGGGGAUUCAGAGUAAUGUUAGAAAGAUGAGAUAUAGCAUAAAAAAGCCUGCUCAUUGAGAUUAUGAAAAUAGCAGAAUGCUAAGAUAAAAAGCUGCCAGUGGCAUUCAGCCCAUAUACGGCCUUUUACCCUUUCCAUCGAGCACCUCCAAAAAGUAGUCGCGGAAAGACACAGGUACCAAGUCCGGAUACAGCUCUCUCGCAUCCAGAUAUCCCAGAUACUUUGCAUAAUCUGGCCGGUUAUCCUUUCGUACAUAUUUGCUGUGGUUAUACUGCGCUAUCCAGACAGCCAUUCGUUUUGUGAGAUCGUCUGGAUUCUGAGCGAGAUCGGACACGGCGUCUUCCACUUUCUGUUCGAUCUGCUGGGAUGUUUCCUGAAUGGUUGUCAACUUCAGCUCACACUUGUAAAGAGUUAUAAAGAGCAUACGAAUGUCCUUUCGAUCUUCUCCCCCGAAAGCUCCUCGACAAUCCCAAAGAUCUCAUUUUCCGUC